AUGAAGAUUUCUCUGGCGUUUAUACUGAUGGCAACCUACGGAGGAAGGUUGCCAGCCAGUGGUGCUGUCUAUGGAGGAAGGUUUCCAACCUAUGGUGGUACUUAUGGAGGGAGACUACCGUCCAAUGAUGCUUACUACGGAGGAAGGCUACCUUCCAGUGAUGCAUACUAUGGAGGAAAGCUUCCAUCCAGCGAUGCUACUCCUUUCCCAUAUCCUCCAUACGGUCGGGAAUAUACGCCCUACGAAGGCGAUGACCUCCCCAUCCCCAAGUACUACCCCAAGUACGGUAAGUACGUACCCAAGUACUUGAUGGAGAAGUACGGGGUAGAGAGCGACACCAAGAAGAUCGUGGAUUACAAGAAGAAGGUGGUGCCAGUGGUGACAUCUGACCCCGAGGCUCCUGAAGUGGACGUGAAUGUCAAAGUCCCUGACGUUUAUGGCUUCCAGGAGAAGAGGACGGACAUCAAGCUCAUCCCCACGUCCCACUACGUCCCAACCACCAGCCCUCUGGGAUACCCAGGCUACCCCAUCAGCCCCGAGUACUUCUACGGCUCCCCAUACAACACCGACUACAAAUACCGAUAUGGAGUCGGAUAUCCCUACAACUACAAAUCCUACGGGUACCCCUACAAGUUCAACCCAAGUGUGACGACGCACCCACUUCUCCGCUACAUCAGUGGAUACCCCUACACCAGGUACCCAGUUGACGUUCCUGAGAGCUACAAUUCCAUGCCUUACUUCUACAAGUACCUGUCCGAGAUGUACAAGUACGUGCCGAGCUUCGACAAGUACUUCCCAACGAUCUCCAAGUACUUCCCUGAGAUGUACAACAAGUACAGCCACAACCCGGAGUACUACAAGUACCUGCCUGAGGUUUUCCGCAACUUCCCUGAGACCUUCAAGACCUACAGCGACUUCUACAAGUACGUGCCGGAGACCUACAGCGACUUCUACAAGUACGUGCCGGAGGUGUUCAAGUACUACCCCGAGAUCUACAAGUACAUGCCAGAGGCUUACUACAAAUAUCACGGCCAGCCGGAAGUCCCUGAGGUCGUGUACAAAUACACCUACGACCUGAUGAAGCGAUACACCCCAGAGGUGUACGGCAAGUACAUCCCAGAAGUGUUCCGCACCUACUACCCCGAGAUCUACACCAAAUACACCCCGGAUGUCCUGAACACGUACAACCCGGAGAUGCAUACCGCUUUCCGCAACUACAUCACCUCCGUCCUGGAGCACCCUGAGAUCGAGGACACGAAGAAGGAUAUCCUGAGAUCUUACAUCUUCAGACACGUCUUCACCACCCCGUACCACUUCCUCCACGACACCAUCUACUCCCCGGAAUACGAGCUCGUGAGGUACCUGAACAAGGUUUACACACCCCUGAGCCCUGAGUACACCAAUGAGAUCUAAAGGGGAAGAAGGAGGAAAGAAAUCCAUCAUAUCUGCUGAAAACAUGAUUGUGUGAUCUCCAAAUUUUCUUCCAACCAAGAUUCCUGGGAAUUAGUUAUUUUCGGAGGGGGGCAUUUUGGCAUAUCAAGACGAGACGACCAGUGCAAUAGAAGAAAACUUCGUCCUCUUCUCCACUCAGCUCUCUCUUUUAGUCUUCCUUCUGUCUCGACUUCUGCCUUUCGUGCCGUGGAAUAAAGCAUCAGAAAACCCAA